GUGCACAGGUGUAUCUGAUUCAGAAACAGACCGCUCUUAUCGGGGAUGACUCCAAGGAAGCGGCGAUUCGUAAAACGAGAGAGGAGGGGAGGGCUCUCGCGCGGCAGAUUGGUAGCGAUGUGAAAGAUCUCGUGCGGUCUGAGCAGUCUGCGCCCACAAAUGACAAUAUCCGGCGGAUUAAACUUGCGAAGCUCAAAACGGACUUUACGGAUGUACUACGGAGGUAUGAGGCGGCGGAACGGGAGGCAGGUGAAAAAGAGAGGGAUGUACUCAGGAUAGCCCGUCAAUCGCAAGACAGCGCAGGCAGAGACGAAGUGCUGAUUGACAUCGAUGGUGACGACGACCAGAACGAUGCAGAGCCAGGAGCACUCCCCUUGUCCCGGCGCGAGAGACGAAGCCAAGAUAUGCGAAACAGUCCCCGACGACAACAACGACGAAAUCCACAGACAUCACAGCGACAACAACAACCGUAUGCACCACCAGCGAGGCAAACACAACAGCAAAUGCAGGCCCAAAUGGAACUGGAUAUGCAACUGGAUGACCGGAUCACGUACAACGAACGAACCAUCGCUCAGCGCGAACAAGGUAUCACGGAAAUUGAGCAGACCAUCGAAGAGGUCAACAGUCUGUUCCAGGAUCUGGGUGCACUCGUACAUGAACAAGGCCACAUGCUAGAUAAUAUCGAGUCAAACAUCGUAUCGGCGUCAGACACCGUUGAGGAGGCGCACGAGCAAGUGCUCACGGCAGAGGGCUAUCAGAAAUCAUCACAAACGCGCAUGUGCUACAUGCUGUACUUCUUCCUGGCCAUCCUCGGGUUGGUUGUACUGAUCCUGCUGCUGACAUUGGCGUAGAAAACUUACUAUGCCGAACCCUGCCCAUCCCGCGAACCGUCGUGAAGUACAAAUAGGUUUGGCCGAAAACCCUGAGAAUAGUGUUUUUCUGUACACUGACACUCUGUUGUAGUGUGCAUGCAAUACCAAGCGAUGCCUCGUGUUCUUCUCUCAUUGGACUACUUCGCAGCAAACCUCCACAGCAGCUAACAGUAAAAGCAAACUAUUCACGCUCAUCACAGCCGUAGCCCCAGUGGAACCAGUGCUAGAGAGAACCACAAUCGCUCCAGCAGCACGAUCUUCAUGUACUACCCAUCGUGUUGCAUCGAGUCGAUGUGGCUACCCAUCUUUGUAGAACAACAGUAUACAUAUACGAUGGUAUAGCCAUUGUGUUCCGUGGAAGAACAGAAUGGGUUCGCUCACAAUCAACGAGUGUUUCAGGGUGCCUCCUGAGCACACGCUGCUACUGAGGCGUAGGCCCACGUGUGGGAUGCGUUCACUUAGUGCCCAAAUGUGCAAUUUUGGGUUUAGGGUUUUACAGUGCAGUCGUGACAUGCUGGCUAUAGACCAGUUUCAGGACUGGCGGGAAUGGCUGAGGUGUUCGUAGUAGCUGCUGAGUGGUGUCGAGCUGUUACAGUCUUUAUCCGGAUGCCGUAUUCCCUCUCUUUGCAUGAGUGUCAAGCUAAGCUUAGCUGGACUUAGCUAGGCUUGGACACGCCUGAGGUAUGCACGGGUCACUACUGAGUUCGAUUCUACGGUAGCGCAGAAGUCGUGGCGAGAACCACUAGAGGUAGACGGAGAGGCUCAUACAAGAAGUACUUCGCACCGUACCGAGAUCCAAACUUGUCGUCGUGAAGAUCGAAUUGGCAACAGACUCACCUGAACCAUGAAACAUCGCGACGCGAAACGGUAGCUACACGCAGGCAAAGCCGGAUAGAUGCACGAGAAGAUGGCAUCAGAUGGUGUGCUUCAUAAUUGGAGCAGUGAAGGCAUGCGCGACAUUCAACUGAGCGAAUGACAUCCCUCACUGCGGAUUGAGAGGUGUAAUACAUUGAUGGAACAGGCUUGCGAUAGAUUAGACUCACUCCGUGCACUGUGGUUGUGCGGAUUGAGCCUAAAAUACAUAGCCACCCUGCUUCAAUUUGACUUCUUAAAUUAGAUACUCUGUGGUUAGUUCCGAAAGCCAUUGAGAUAUACUAUAGCCCAUAACAACACCAUCGAGCGCCGCAUAAUGGUACAUUUCUCGGGAACCGAAUUUAAAAAAUAAGACUGGAGACGGACUAUCACCGAACCUUCAAUGUCGGAUUUUACCUAAUUUUCUGAUUGUAAUUGAAUCAUGCUAAAAUUAAGUACGCCG